AUGUCUCGAGCCGGAAGUAUGUCUACUUCACCGUACAAUACCGAUGCCACCGGGCUCGGAUUCGACCAUAAUCAAGGCCCACCAAGGAAGAAGAUGCGCAAGGGCACAAAGAGUUGUUUGGAGUGUCGGCGGAGAAAGAUCAAGUGCACUUUCGAACCUGGGAGGCCUGCGGUAUGCAACGAGUGCUAUGCCAGAGGCUCGACCUGCAUUGAUCAAGAGCAUGGCGAUAUCCACACCUACACCCAGACCACUUCGGAGCAGUCGUCGUACAGUUUGAGGGAGAGAGUAUCCCAACUCGAGGAUCUGGUCAAACAGGUGCUGAACCGGUUACCGGAGAAGGAUGCCAGUGGCCAUGGUGAUAAUUCCGCUGCAGAGUCCGACAAAAGCCAGCUUGAUGCCCAGGCGGCUGAAGUGUUGAAAAGUCUGAAGAGCUCAUUGCGACAGGAAAGCUCCAGUACCGAAGAGUCUAUAGUUCUCCCAGGCGGUCUCCGAGAUGACGCCCCAGCCUUGACCCUGUUCGACAAUGCCGUCCUUGAACGAAAAGAGAGCCAGCCUGUGGUAUCAAGAGCACAGUACAAUAAGUCGAAAACGCUUCUGGCGGCUUUGAAUAAGUUGCUUCCACCACCGAGUGAUUUGGAGGUUAUCCUGGAACAGUCCCACGAAUGGUGGACAAUAUGGAGGAAGAUGUUUCCCGAAAUCACCGACAGUCGAUGUGAAACCAUCAAAGAAUCUGUCUCUCACUCGUUACGGUCAGAGAAACCCGCGGAAUUGGCAAAGAUCAUGUUGUGUAUCGCGAUCGGCAUCCACCAACUACCGAAUUCCUUUAACUGGUCGCGACUUCAGAUCAAACAGGAGCCUGCUGAGCUAAUGGAACGAUAUAUUGCUACAGUCGACAAGCUGAUUGUCUCUGACGAUGAGAUUGCAGCAACCCUUGAUGGCAUCGAGUGCAUGAUGCUCGAAGCCAAGUAUCAUGUCAACAUGGGCCGGCCGCGACGUGCGUGGCUGUUAUUCCACCGAGCGCUCGCCUUUGCACAAUUAUUGGGCAUUCACAGGUUAGCUGCGCAGACAGACAAAACGUCCCUGGAUUAUCAGCGUUCGGUCAACAUCUGGUGUCAUCUUGUACUGGGCGACAGAUACCUAUCCCUGCUCCUGGGUCUGCCAUAUUCUGUUAGUGAAAGCUUUGUGACCCCCUAUAUCCCCAUAUCUGGACCUCCGCCCGCGUCGGUCACAGCUGGCGAGUACUACACAGGGAAGAUGCUCCCAAUAAUCACCAAAUUGAUUGACCGAAACCAGAGUGUCGUGCCCAUGGGAUACUCGGCGACGCUAAGACUUGAUCAAGAAUUGGAGGAGCUGCACAGUACUCAAGAUCCUAGUUGGUGGUCGCCGGAGCUUGUUCCUGGUAAUUCGGUUGAGGAACAUUUCGAUCGACUCCAAGCUCACUUUUUCCAUCACCAAACCAAAGUCAUGCUGCAUAUGCCGUUCAUGCUACGAUCAUCUACCGACAAGAGAUACCAGUACUCUCAUACCGCAGCCUUGGAUGGCGCACGAGAAAUGAUUCAAGUCUACAAGGCUCUCCGAACCAACAAGGCCGUGGGUCCGUUCAUCUGCAAACUGAUCGAUUUUCAAUCUUUUACCGGGGCCAUGCUGUUGCUGCUCAACCUGUGCGGCUAUUCCCAACAACACCGUGGCAACAACGCCCAGCAGACGGACCUCGAGCAAGACCAGAAGGACUCGGACCUCAUCGACCAGACGAUCGCGCUCCUGAAGGACGCGGCCAAAGAACCCGGUGGCGUUGUCGCAGCCCAGAGCGCUCAAGCACUAGAAAUGCUUGCUCGUGUCCGUCAGGGCUGCGACGACGAAGGCGCUAAAGAAUGCAGGGGCGAGACUUGUCAAGUCUCAAUCCCCUACUUUGGCACCAUUUCUAUUGGAGUAGGCAAGCACUUCGUCCCCAUCAAACCAGGCACAUAUGCGCAACGGACACAGGAUGCCCGCCUGAAUACGACAGUCUCAGCGGGCGGUGUGUCCACCAACUCGGGACUGCCGACUCCUCCAUCUGUCGCUUCAAACAGCACACAACAUUCACCCUUGUCGACGACGAUUGACCAACAUCAUUCGCAAUACUCUCAAGCCCGUCGGCCGCCCGUCUACGAAUCAGCGACCUACAUCGCUCCGGGCCUUGACCAAGCCUGGCCCGACACAGCCGACGACCCGUUCAUCACCUUCGACUCGUUUAUGGCCUUCCCACCCCAACCACCUACAGACUUCCCCUCGGCCGGCGGCGUCAGUAUAUCCUCGGGCAGCGGAUCGGGCUUCACUCCACAACCAUCCCACUCCCUCCAAGGCCAGAGUCCGUUCAACACUUCGAGCGCGACGCCAUCACAGAAUGACUUGAACGCUUCGGUCGCUGCAGGCGGGCUGGGCGGGAUGGUGACGCCAGGGUUUCCAUUCGGUAGCUUCCCCUUCGGACAGAGCGGGGUGGAUCUGGACCAAGGCUGGAAUUGGUUCGGUGUUGACGCGCCUGUUAUCCCGUGA